CAGGGGCAGGGCCAGCACCCCCCUGUGUGUCCCCUUGUCCCUCCCUGUCCCCCCCCUACCCCACCCGGGGCCGAUUUGGGGUCUCCCCGCCCCGCCGGCCGCGGGGCCCGGCGCGGUCCCUCCCCGCGAUGAGCUCAGCCCGGCGGCGCGUAGGGGCGGGCGGCCCCGGCCAUGCGGAGCCGGGACGGGAGGAGGAGGAGGAGGAGGUGGCGGUGCCGGUGGCCGAGCAGGGCCCUGCCUAAGCUGCGGCGGGGCCCCAUGGGCCUGGGGAAGCCGGCGGGUCCCCGGGGUAGGGUAGGGUAAAGGGUCCGGGGGGGGGUGUUUCCCCCCGCCCGCCCCGCCGCCAUGUACACCUUCGUGGUGCGGGACGAGAACAGCAGCGUCUACGCCGAGGUCUCCCGGCUGCUCCUGGCCAGCGGGCAGUGGAGGCGGCUCAGGAAGGACAACCCCCGCUUCAACCUGAUGCUGGGCGAGAGGAACCGGCUCCCCUUCGGCAGGCUGGGCCACGAACCCGGACUUGUGCAGCUGGUGAAUUACUACAGGGGAGCCGACAAGCUGUGCCGCAAAGCAUCCCUGGUGAAGCUAAUCAAGACGAGCCCUGAGCUAUCGGAGUCCUGCACGUGGUUCCCCGAGUCCUAUGUGAUUUACCCAACCAACCUGAAGACUCCCGUGGCUCCGGCACAGAACGGGAUUCGCCAUCUCAUAAACAACACAAGGACAGAUGAGAGGGAGGUCUUCUUGGCAUCUUACAACAGGCGGCGGGAAGGCAAAGAAGGCAACGUGUGGAUUGCCAAGUCCUCAGCUGGUGCCAAAGGGGAAGGGAUCAUGAUAUCUUCAGAGGCUGGAGAGCUCCUAGACUUCAUCGAUGAGCAGGGACAAGUGCAUGUGAUCCAAAAAUACCUGGAGAAGCCUCUUCUUUUGGAGCCAGGGCAUCGCAAGUUCGACAUCAGGAGCUGGGUUCUCGUGGAUCAUCAAUAUAAUAUCUACCUCUACAGAGAGGGUGUCCUGCGGACCUCUUCCGAACCAUAUAACAGUGCUAAUUUCCAGGACAAAACCUGCCACUUGACCAAUCACUGCAUUCAGAAGGAAUAUUCCAAAAAUUAUGGGCGGUAUGAGGAAGGGAAUGAAAUGUUCUUCGAGGAGUUCAACCAGUAUCUGAUGGAUGCCCUGAACACAACGCUUGAGAAUAGCAUCUUACUGCAAAUCAAACACAUAAUAAGAAGCUGCCUUAUGUGUAUAGAGCCUGCAAUCAGCACAAAGCAUCUUCACUACCAGAGCUUCCAGCUCUUUGGCUUUGACUUCAUGGUUGAUGAGGAGCUGAAAGUCUGGCUCAUAGAAGUCAACGGGGCUCCAGCUUGUGCCCAGAAGCUGUAUGCAGAACUCUGCCAAGGAAUUGUGGAUGUAGCCAUCUCUAGCGUUUUCCCCCUCGCUGACACAGGGCAGAAGAUGAGCCAGCCGUCACCGAUCUUUAUCAAGCUGUGAUGACCACGGGAACGCGUCUGCUGUGCGUAGGGAGAGACUGCACCCACUGGGUCAGCACUGUUCGAUGGCUUAUCUCAGUAUCAUGCCAAAAAGUGAUAGGGACAGACUUCUUUUUUGUUCUGGAAAAUCAUGGGGAAAAAAAAAACAACAAAACAGGCAUCCACACAGAGCAGCGAUGAGCCAGAGCUGCUGAGACAACUCUGCCUGCAUUCACCAAAAUCCACUUUAGAAACAGCUCAUGUGACUUUGAUACCUGAAACAAAUCUCUCUGGGAGAACAGCAAGAUAACCUUACGAUGAAACCCCAACAGGGAUACUAUAAUACUGUAUUAGCUCCUCCUUUUCUAUAGCGAUAACAUUGUGGGUUUUUUUUUAAGGCAGUUGAGUGAAGAGUACGAUGGUCUUCCAGGA